CUGUUUUGACACUUUUAUCCGACUGUUCAGCUUAUGACAGUGAUCGAGUUGCAGGAACAUCAGAGUAGAGAUAGAAGAAUGUGAGAGCCUUGCGUCUACGUGUUCUUGCAAGAUUUCUAAAAGUGUGUCUUUAGUAUCUGGCCAAACUUUGGCCAGUAGGUCUUACCUUAUUGUUAUGGAUAGGUAGAAAUUUUGGACUGACUUGUUUUCACUUGCUUCUGUGUCAGGUAUAGUAUUUUUAAGUUAUACCCACCAGUCAAUAUUUUUUAAUUUUCCAAGUCUGUCUUAUUUAUUUGCCUCAAGGUCUUUAUGUUCAAGAGCUUCUUAUAUGCAUACCACCAACCUUCUUAUAAAUAUCAAAAGGAUGUGCAGUGUCAGUUGAAUAUUAGGCUGGACUAGUAGCUCUGGUGUAUGGUCAUGCAAGUAGCUCUGUGUAUAUCUUAUUGCUGUAUCCUUUUUGUAGUCUCAUACUGCUGUUAAUAACACAGCCGACAAUUCGGAAUAGCCAGCAAAAAAAAAUGGAAACCAAGAAAGGAAACAAGAAAAAGAAAAGGUCGAUUCCCCCUCCACCGCUUCCAAGAUUCUGGACUCAGACGGCUGGCAUAGAAAGCGUGACAAAGCAAGAGAUUGCCAAUUAUUGGAUGAAAAAACAUGUUGAGGAAGAGGAUCACCUCCUUGCUGCUGUCAAGGCAGCUGCACGUAUCAGAGCUCGCAAUCUCACUGAAGAAUACUAUAAGCAAUUUGAAGUUUCCUUGAAGGAUGAUGACGAACACAAUGCUACUAUACUCGAUAAAGAUAAGAAGAAGAAUGAAAUACGCAUUGGCAUAAAGGAUUGGUGGACAAAGAGCAAGUAUGCGUACUUGAACCAGCCAGCAAUGGAUUCACCCAAUAAAAGAAGUUUCAAUUAUGUUUCUCAUUGUUUCUCAUUUAACCCCAAUCCCCUUUAUCCUACUUCCCUUGGAGUCUUUUGAUCCCACAUUCUAUUUCAUUUUAUUCUCUUGGGGUUGCUUUUUCUUUUUCUUUUUCUUUUUCUUUUUAUGCAGAUAUAAUGCUUCUAAAUAAUUGUGGUUUUUCAUAUUAUUGAAAAUUUAAUUGUAUAAUAAGUUUUUUUAACAAUUA